AUGAAAAGCUGUAUGGCGCCUGGAUGCUCUGCAGACCCUGCUGGCAGCGGCGGAGGAGGAGGAGGGGCAGUGGCCAGUGCCAGUGGGGUCCUGCCGGUUUCGAAUCCUUCCUGUAAGUUUAUCUAAUUCUGCCUAGUCCACCUCUUCUGGCUUUUUCCAGGCGCCCCCAGGAAGUGGCCUCCGUCCGGGUGCAGCAGGAGAUGGAGCUGAUUGAACUCCGGAGAGAGAGAGAGGAGUUGUGCCAGCGUGUCGCUCUCUUGACGGACAUCCUGAGGGAGGCGGAGGCAGAGAACAAGGAGCAGCGGGCAAAGAUGAGGUGCCUGGCCCAGGAUCUGGCUGCCCUGACCCGCCGGCACGAGGAGGCGCAGUGCCAGGCCUGGGCGCUUUCCCAGGAGGCCGAGGGGCUGCGCCGGGAGCUGGCCGAGACGCAGGGACUCAUGCAGGAGGCGCAGCGGAAGAGGGAGGAGCUGGAGGCGCGCUGGGUGCGCGAGAAGGCGCUGGAGGCUGGCCGGCUGAACCAGGCCAACGAGCAGCACGACCGGUGAGCAGAGGGGCUCUGUCCGGAAAGAUGCUC